UGAAAGAUUUGAGAAAUGAGAACAUAAAUGAGUGCUCUUUACUCAAUGUAUAUUGAAAAUAAAUUCCCCGAGUAUCAAUAUUUAUAUACAGUACAGAAUGAUGAAGGUUCUGGAUAUGGAAUAAGUGCAUUACAUUUUGAUUUGUAUGAGGAGUUAUUAUGGGUUGGGAAUCAAGAGGGUCAUGUAACAUCAUAUUUUAGUGACCAUCUACUAAAAUAUACAUCAUUUCAAGUAUACCAUUCAGAAGAUAUAAAGGUCCUAUUGACUAAUGAUUUUGGACUUUUUGCUUUAACUUCAAAUAAUUUGAAAUUAAUAACAAGACAAGGAAUUCCUCAAAUGACCUUAAAGUUAAGUAAUGAUACAAUUUUUGAUGCUAAAUGCAUGGUUGAUAUUGCCCAAUUAAAUUAUCCAUAUAUCUUAAUAGGUGGUCAUAAUAAUAAAAUACUUGUUAUUGAUAUAAUAAACCUUAACUUAAAAUCAGAAUAUGAGCUUGAAGAAUCAUAUAAUUCAUGUGAUCUUAUGAAAAUGAAUGAUAAAAGUAUUUUUACUUCACACCCAAAUGGGAAGAUAUGUGUGAGAGAUGCUUCUGAUUUCAAAGUUCAACAUGAAUUUUCAACUCAUCAAAGUGCCAUUUUAGAUUUUGAUGUUUCUGGCAAUACCAUUGUUGCCUGUGGAUUUUAUGAAAGAAAUGGAAUGAUAAAUUAUGAGAGAUUUAUAAAAGUAUUUGACAUAAGAACUUAUAAAACUUUACCUCCUAUUCAAAUAAAUAUUGAUCCAUUUACUCUCAAAUUUCUGCACACCUACACUGAAAGAUUGUUGGUUUUAGCUCAAAAUGGUAACUAUCAAUUGAUAGAUCCAAAAGCUGGUUCAAAUGCGCCAUCUAUUAUAUACAAUUUUGACACUCGAGGUUCUCUUUUAACUUCCAUUGCUCUUUCCUCUAACAAUCGAGUUUUAGCCCUAGGGGAUAUAAACGGAACGGUUCGAACCCACGACACGGAUCAUAAUAAAACAAUCUCCACUCCCCUUACCUUCAACUCUUUUUCCCGCCCAGCCCUAUUUCCUGACCCGCAGCCCCGACAAUCUCAUUCUGGUCUUGUUCCUCAAGACUACCUGCUCCCCCCGGAAUUUAUUUUAUCUGGCGCGCCCUUGGCUUCCGAUUGGCCAGCCCGGUUUGUGAGGAAAUACGAUCGUAAAAGCUUGUCCAUUGACGAAGAAUUAUUAAAAAACAUGAAGGUAUCCCAAUUUGUAGGAUAUGUUCCCAAUCCUCCAGGUAGAAUCACAAAUCUUGUCCCUUAUGAUAAAGCCAUUUUAUCUCUGCAAGAAAAAGAAGCAGAAAAUUAUGCCUACUACGAUCCUCUAUAUCAAAAAAUCUUUCCUUCAGCUCCUAUAUAUUACGACGAAUUUGUUGGGGUAAACAGGCUUAAGGAAACGAGUAAACCUGAAGUUACAUCUAGGUUGGGAAACAAAGACUCGAAUUCUCUGGAUUCUAAAAAUUUGCAUUCACUUGCUCAAGAUUCAAAAUCUUUAAUCUUAGUGCCCCAGAUUUACGGAAAACAAAAAAUACGCACCGCAUGGAAACCGCCCCAUAGCGAAAAGAUUAAUUUUCGCAAUUACAAUCCAACCCCAUUUCCGACACUCCAAUUUAGUUCGCAUAACACUUAUAUCAACGCACUUAUACAAAUCCUAUAUUUCAUAGUCCCGUUCCGAUCUCAUAUCCUCAACCAUCUAUGCACCAAGGAGUAUUGCAUGAGUUGCGAACUAGCAUUUCUAUUUCACAUGAUGAACAUGGCAUCCAAUAAUGAACCUUCUCAGCCACUUAACUUAGUACGCGCCUUUAAAAAUCUUCCAGAAACUUCGGCUUUAGGCUUAAUUCUAGAAGAGAAAGAACAACACAGAGUCGGGAAAUUAAUGAAAACGGAUCACGUUUCAACUCUCAUCCAAAAUUUUAAUCGUUUUAUCCUACCCCAGAUGCAUUCAGAGACGGUGGCGAUAACUCAAAAUGAAAAAUCCCCGGACUUUCGCGAUUCGCCAAAGAAUAAACCCGAUCAUUCAUCGAUCCAAUCGAAAUCUCCCAUUCAACAAUUAUUUAUGUCGGAAAUGGAAAAUGUCCUGACUUGUUGCGAAUGCAAUGUUUCAUUUACCAUCACAUCUCGCCCUUAUUGUUUUACUUUCAAAUAUCCGCCUUAUAGGAAUAGUAGCAUAGAUGCAGAAACUAAUGAUAGAACAUUUGAGGAUUUCGUUGAAAAGGCCAUUCUUUACGAACAAAACGUCCGUUGUUAUUGCGAAUCCUGUAAAAAGUUUCAACCAGUGACUCAGGUCAAAAAGAUAGACCGUUUAGCUAACGUUCUAAUUCUCAAUUGCCAAGCGAACACUCCUGAGAAAUUAGGUUUUUGGGCUUCAAAAAGCGAACAAAUUUGUAAUUCUCAUGACUCUAAUUGUAAUUCUUGGAUAUUGCCUAAAUUGGAACUUAAGUCUAACGAAUUUAAUGAACCUUACAUGUACGAAUUGCUAGCUAUAAUCGCUGAUGUUUCAGAGCCCGAAAAAGGUUCUCAUUUAGUGGAUUUGAUUUGCUUAGAGGAACCUGAAGUAUAUCCCGUUAGUAAAGCAUGGUACCUUUUUAACGAUUUUUGCGUAUUCAAAGUUAGCCAGGAAAACGCCUUAGACUUUUCCCCAUGUUGGAAACACCCUUGCGCUCUCUACUACAUUAAAAGUCAGUUGAACGAAAAUGUAUCAGUUAGCGUCAAAAAUCCAAUCGAUUUCUCUACAGUCUCUCGCCUUUUAUCGGGCCCUAAUUUACUAGAAUCAACGAACAAUGCUGACACUAAUAACGCUAAUUUUAAUAAAAACAAAGAAACGUGUCCAACGAUUGCUAAAGGGAUAUUAAACCCCGGAGUUGUCCCGCUUGAUUUUAAGGUCGAGACUAACCUCGACCCGGCACAUUUUUUUAUAUCGCUUGAUGCUGAGUUUGUGGUGCUUAAUCAGCAAGAGGCUCACCUUCAUAGCGAUGGCAGUCACACCACUAUAAAGCCCGGUCGAUUAGCAUUGGCUCGUAUUACUUGCGUUAGGGGUUUUUUCAACUCUUCCUCUAGGAACUCCCAAGAAGAACUCACUAAUAUCACUCCUCAACAACAUAAUGAGUCCGCGGUCAAGAACGAAGAAAAUAAGCUCGAAGGAGUUCCCUUUUUGGACGAAUACAUUUGCGUUCCCGGUAAUCAAGUGGCUGAUUACGUGACAAAAUACAGCGGAAUUAGGCACGGCGACCUCGAAGUUCAUACUAGUUCUAAAAAUCCCAUCGGACUUAAAUCGGUUUACAUUCAAUUAAGGUACCUGGUAGAUUGUGGCUACACGUUUUUGGGUCAUAAUGUUACAAAGGAUUUUCAAAUCAUCAAUAUCACGGUACCACAAACUCAAAUAAUAGAUACGGCUAUCUUAUUUAGUCUACCCAAAAAACGUUCGAUUUCCUUGAAAUUUUUAGUAUGGUAUUAUUUCGGUAAAAUUAUCCAACAAGAAACACAUGAUUCUGUUGAAGAUGCGGUAUGCACCCUUAAGCUGUACAAGCUCUAUUUAGAAUUAACGGAAAAAUUGAGUGCUGAAAAAUUUGCUCAAAAUCUUAAAGAUCUAUAUCAAAAAGGCCAUUCUUGUAAUUGGGAAAUUCCUAGUUCGUGAUUCAAUCAUUUUUUUUAUGAAAAAUAACAUAUCGAUAAAUUAUAA